UCGCUGAUGUGGUAUAGACGUGUAGCUUGUGUGUGUACCAAGAGAAGAGCCGUUGUAAUUCAUAAUACUCAUUUUCAGUUCACGUUCUGUUGAAUCAUGCCUUAUUAUCAGACCUGGGAAGAAUUUGCUCGAGCGGCAGAAAAACUUUAUUUGACGGAUCCGAUGAAGGUCCGAGUUGUGCUGAAAUACCGCCACUGUGACGGGAACCUCUGCAUGAAAGUCACAGAUAAUGCUGUGUGUUUGCAGUACAAGACCGAUCAGGCACAGGACGUGAAGAAGAUCGAGAAGCUGCAUGGAAAGCUGAUGAGACUGAUGGUGUCCAAAGAGUCCAGUGGAGUGAUGGAGACGGAUUGAAGGAGAGUAACUGGACUGUUGGACACUGGUGCUGUGCUGCUCCUCACACAUUUAUUUGAUUUGAAGAGCAGAGACCUGAAGGUUCUGUUUGAAGGGAUGAGAGAUUUGGUAGACAGGUGUGAAAAUUGUUCCCAAUCACACAGGAAUUUCCUCACGAAGAGCUGAUAUUUAUUCUCAGAUUCAGCAUGGACUUUUGUUAUGUUAUGUUGUGAUUAACCAGUUUUCUGUACAUGACGUACUAGUGGGGUUUUUUUAAGCCAACAUUAGAGCAGCUGGUUAAAGGCACAUGGAAGCCAUAUCUCAACUACACUGAGGUGAAACAAUUCCCUAUUCUUAAUUUUAUUAACCCCCCCCCCAAACCAUAUUAAGAUGAUCUUCUUUAGAAGUUCUGUUUGUUUGUUGACUCUGUUUUUUGUAUAGCUUUUUAAGUUUAGCAUGAAUAAACAUAUGUCUGAACAAUGA